GCUCACAUCCGCAGCGUUGCGUAUGCUGCGCCUUCUCUUCCCUCAACAUCCUCCAGCCACCCAAGCCAACGCAGCAUGGCCGCCUCGCCGCCGCUGCACGACGCCGCCUCGCUCGAGAAGGCCGGCCCGGGCGACGCGCUGCCCCGCGCCGUCUCGCCGCAGCCGUCCGUCGUCUUCGAUGCCGACGCCGAGGCCCGUCUGCGCCGCAAGAUCGACCUGCACGUCAUCCCGCCCGUGGCGCUGAUCUACAUCUGGUGCUUCAUCGACCGCACGAACAUCGGCAAUGCCCGCCUGGCCGGCCUCGAGCGCGAUCUCGGCCUGCAGAACUACGACUACAACACGCUGCUCUCCGUCUUCUACGUCUCCUACAUCAUCUUCGAGAUUCCGCUGACCGUGCUGUGCAAGCGCGUCGGGCCGGGCCGCUUCUUGCCGGCGGCGUGCUUCGCCUUCGGGCUGCUCAGCAUGUGCACCGCCUUCGUCACGAGUGCGCCUGACCCGUUCGGAGCGGGAAUCGCCGUGCGCUUCCUGCUCGGCGUCGCUGAGGCGCCCGUCUUUCCCUCGAUCGGCUACUACCUCAGCCGAUGGUACCGCAAAGAGGAGCUCACGCUGCGGCUUGCGGGCUACCUGGUCUGCGCUCCGCUUGCCGGCGCCGUCGGUGGGCUGCUGGCCUCCGCCAUCCUGACGCUCGACUCGAUCGGCAUGUACCGCGAGUGGCAGAUGAUCUUCCUCGUCGAGGGCAUCAUCACGAUGGGCGUGGGCAUCGCGACCUACUUCCUCAUCACAGACCGCAUCGGGACGGCAAGUUGGCUGACGCCCGAGGAGAAGGCGCUCGCCGAGGCGCGCAUCGUGUCCGAGAACCCGGCCAGCGCCGUGCUCGACAAAGUGCGCGCCUCGAUGGUGCUCAAGGGCAUCUUCAGCCAGACGACGAUCUUCGCCGGCCUCAUCUUCCUUCUCAACAACACGACGGUGCAGGGCAUUGCCCUCUUCACGCCGACGGUGAUCAGGACGCUCUUCCCGGGCCGCACGGUCGUCCAGCAGCAGCUGCUGAGCGUGCCGCCGUACAUCUGCGGCGCCGCGGCUGUCCUGCUCGUGCCCUACUACUUCAUGCAUCGGCCGCGCUGGAUCUCCAUCGUAGGAUCCAGCUGUCUCGUCGUCGUCUCCUACGCAAUCUUCCUCGGCACAGAGAGCGGCUCUGCUCGCUACGCGGCAACGUUCCUCGGCGCAGUCGGCGCCUUCGUCCUCGGGCCGACGGUGCCCGGCUGGAGUGCCGUCAACUCUGCAAACGACUCGCAGCGUGCCGGCGCCAUCUCGAGCGUCAUCGCGCUCGGCAACUGCGGCGGCCUCAUUGCCACGUGGAGCUACCUUCCGCGUCAUGCGCCGAACUACGUGCCAGGCAAUGCGCUCAACCUGGCCUGCGGCGCCCUCAUCAUCAUCCUCACGCUGAUGCUCACCGCCUUGUUGACGCGCGAGAACGCCCGCCGCAAGCGCGGCGACCGCGACUACCGCCUGGAGAGCCUCUCGCCCGAGCAGGAGGAGCUGCUGGCGCACCAGCAUCCGCGCUUCCGCCUGCGCGUGUGAGCCGAGGCAGCGUGCAGGAAAUGUGAAUCGCGCGUGUGGUC